AUGCCAAUUAGAAAGAUUAAAAAGUUGCGUCGUGAUCGCACUGAGAUAAGUUGUUGUCUCAAAUACUCCAUUUUAAGCGUUAACAUGAUAUGUGGAUUAUUUUUGUUAAGCGUGGGUGUUUGGGCGCUUAAUGAGAAGAACGUCUUUAGCAAUUUAUCGUCCAAUUUACUAUACGAUCCAGCAUUUGUCUUCAUCAUAUCUGGCUCAAUAACAUUUUUAAUAGGUUUUACUGGAUGUGUUGGAUCAUUAAGAGAAAAUACCUUACUGUUAUCUAUACACUCGAUUCUUCUUAUUGUUCUAUUAUUGCUGGAGAUUGGAUUAGGUGUGUUGACUUUUAUACUUAAGGACAAAGGAUGGAUUAAGAGUCAAGCGACUUAUGGCUUGAGAAAUUUUAUUCUUCAUUAUCGUGAAGAUGCUGAUCAGCAGAAUCUUAUAGACUACAUUCAACAACAGUGGGAAUGUUGUGGAAUUGACACUCCAUCAGACUGGGAUGCAAACCGUUACUUUAAUUGCACUUCAAGUAUUCUCGGUUCACGUGAAGCUUGCGGUGUUCCAUUUUCAUGCUGCAAAACAAAUUCUAAUGAUAUCAUCGCUAAUAAGCAAUGCGGAUAUGAUGUUCGAAAAGAAGGAUUUAGUCUGGAAGUUUCAAAGAUUAUUUACGAAAGAGGAUGCAUCCUAGCUGGAGAAGAAUUAUUUGAAGAAAAUUUGAUUACUAUUUCAUCAUUGUUUAUAAUUUGCAUAUUUGUUCAGAUUUUGGGAAUUUGCUUUGCUCAAAACUUACGACAAGAUAUUUUAGCUCAAAAGGCGAAAUGGAAAUGACAACAAACGAAUCCUGCCGCUGCAGUCUAAGCAUCAAAUUAUAUUUUCGAUUGAAAUUUUUUCAAUAAUUAAUUUUAAGCGUGAAUUUUGGAUUAGUUAACUAACCUGUGAUUUAAGCAUUAAAUUAAACUUAGUCGUCAUUCGUCAUAUCCUAGGUCAUAUUAACAAUAAGAAGUCGGGAGACUUUUAGCAAGGAUAAUAAAAUAAUUAAAGUGGUAAUCGUAAUAAAUUUAAUAUGCCGAUUUCUUUUCGAAUAAAUGCGCUGCAAACAUUCCUCCAUGUCACUAUAAAAA